AUGAAUACUUAAUUAAAACAAAUAUAUUCUGCUGAAAAAGUACAAAGGUUUGAAUUAUUAUUUCUAUUUCAUGAUAAAGAAAUGAAAGGAUUCAUCAGUUCUAAGGGUAAAUUAAUAAAAUUAAUUAGAUUUACCAUUCAUAUUGAGAGCAGCAGGUUUGUUAAUAUCUGAUAAAGAGAUUAAUGAUCUAUAGGUAAAGGAAAAGAUAAGCAAAGAUGAUUUAUUUAAAUUAUUGAUAUAACUAAAAGAUAAGAGACCUGUAAAAUAGGAGAUUGAAGCUAGUGUAAAAGUAUUUGAUGAACAAAACACAGGAUUUAUUGAUACUAAAGAAUUAAUGGGAAUUGUAUAAUAGAUAGGAGAUGAAUAGGUUGAAAAAGACUUUUAGUUAAUAUUAAAUAGUGUUAAAGGGAAGGAGAAUUAGGUUUCAAUUGACUCUUUAGUUAAUCUACUCAUGAAAGAAUGA